UCAACAUUUACUAGCUCGUUACAUAGUUUAGUUAUUUUUUAUUUUACAUCCAAAUUACUCUUAUUUAUUUUUUUUCAAAAUUACCAGACCAAUAUUUGAAAUUACAAAUCCUCAUUUUCAAAAUUAAUUCCAAGAAAUGUUAUCAGGUGAUAAAAAUAUUCACAACAAAAUGUCGAAUAAAAAUGACUGGGAUUCAGUUUCCCAACGAGAUGACAAUACGUCAAAACGAAAAAAAUUUCCCAAAAAUUUUUCACACAAAAAUGUUGGGAAAAUUUCAAACCAAAAAGCUCAUAAUCAAAAUAUUGCGCGAGUUCCUCGAUGUACUUCUCAAGAUUCAAGAUAUUUUUAUGUUGAUACACAACCGGAAGUAGAGCAACGUACAGUCCAACGGGAAUAUUUAUCAAAACUGUCAAAAAUUGAGUCGGAAAAAUUAAAACAGUCGAGUUCCAUGUCUGACACAUCAUCGUUGUCAUCGAACUCAACAGAAAUCGUGUCUAUGGGAAGUAAAAAAAAAAUAUCGAUGAUCGAUUUUUAUUCUCAGCAUACUAAAGAUAUCCGACGUCUUGCGAAUCAAAUCAAUGAUCUAGGAAAAACACUAGUGACGUUGGCAUCAUCAAUGGAUGAUAGAAUAAAAAAAAAUUAUUUGUUUAAAAAGGAGAAAAUGAAACGUAAAGAUGAGAAAAAAAAUAUGAAUUCUGAAAUUGAUGCUGACAAAAAAAAUUUACAAAAAUCACAGAUAUUCAAAUCAUUUGAUCCUAAGGUUUUUUGUGAUGAUAAUUAUUGUAAAUUGAAUGAGUAUUCAAAUGGUGAUUUAAGGAUGAUAAGGAGCAAUUUUAUUGGUUGUAAAGGCAGACAAAGAAUGCAGAAAAUUAAUGAAGAUUUAAAUAAUUAUGUUCACAAGAAUAAUUCGUUUAAUUCGAUCCUUUCAAGAGAAAGUCUUUAUGAAGGACAACUUUGUAAUGAUGCUCUUUCAUCUUCUAAAAAAUCUAUUGCCGUUAGCAAAUCUGCGCAACGUAAUAUGACCGUUGAUGAUUACAGAAGAAGUGGUGAUUGUAAAAUAAAAAAAAAAAAUAAGAAAAAUUAACAAGUAAAUUCUAUGCAAUGGAAAUUAUAAAAUUGUAGUUUGGUUGACGAAUACAAAAUUUGAUGUAAGAUUCUGACUGAAUA